GACUAGUGUUGUCUUUGUCUCGGCGGCAAUGACAGUAGUGACGUGGGAUUGUGUCUCACCUUGGGAGAGUUGUGAUACCUAGUGGCUGAUGUUUUGUCUCUGUUUUAAAGGCGGCGGCUGCAGCGAUGCUGGUGGUAGUUGUUGGGAUGUGGUGCUCUUCUUUGCUCUGCGCUGACUGAAGAACUAUGAUUGGUCAUAGGAGGUUUUCUUUGUCAUGUUUUGAGUUGAAGUGGAGUGCUUCUCAUGUGUCUUUUUAUUGUUGUUUCUAUGUUCGUCCUCCGUGUUCUCUCCUGGUUUAUGCUAUGGUAUGACUUACAGUUUGUAUGGGUGUCAAAUGACUAUGAUUUUGCUCAUAUAAGGCUUCUUUUGACAAUUGGGAUGUUCUGCGGUCCUCUCCUGUGGGUUUACUAUUUGGGGUUUCUACGGUCCUCUCAUAUGGGUCUAUUGUGUUGGUCUCUAGUUACGGUUCUCGUCGGAGGUCUUUGUGUUAGGUUUUGUUUUUGACUUGUUCUUUUAUUGUAAUGGUCCAAAGUGACCUGAAUUGGACUCUCAUGUUAGUCCAUGACAUGUGUGGUACUCUUUCCUCCCAUGGAAUUUGUCACAUGAGGUUGUUCUAGGAAGGUUUUAACGAGGCCACUAUAUCAUGUCGCUCUUUGUACUUCUGUGGUUUUAUGAAUGAAUUUCUCCUUCUCAAAAAAAUAUCCUUAAUGGGUGUAUUCAAUUUAGAUCUUCAAAGAUUUUAAAGAAGUUUAAAAAUUUAGGUGCAUUCAAUCAUGAUUUUAUAGAAGUCUAUAUAAAAUGGUCGAUCCAAUCCAAAUGUAAUCCAUUUACUGGCCCGUUCAUUUUUAGGGUUUCACAACCUAUAAAAAGAGUUUGCCUUUGCAUAUUUUUUCUUUACAGUUUCCAUACAGCGAAUUAGAGCAAGUCAUAAUACAAUACACAAAGUUGCGGGCUUUAUUGUGGUUGAUUGGUUAAUGGCUUGUUGCAUGUCUAUUGUAAUAGCAAGGGCGUGAGUAUGACUAUCUCCUAGCUAGUAUGGUAAGUUGAGUUUGUAUGAUAUGUGAUAUGAAGGGAACAUCACCAGGAAGAGGAAGGGAAGAGAUUUGGAUCGAUCGACGACAUAAGAAAAGGAAGGAAGCAGUAGCAGGGAUGGAUUUCAUCAGCACGUUGCCUGCAGAGUGCAUCUCCCACAUCGUUUCCUGUACAACCCCUCUGGAUGCGUGCAGAUCAUCCCUGGUCUCUUCCCUCUUUCAAAUUGCUGCGGAUUCUGAUAUCGUGUGGGAGAGAUUUCUUCCCCAAGACCAAGAUUAUAAGGAAAUCAUUUCCACUUCUUCCAACUCCUUGUCCAAGAAGGAUCUCUACUUUCAUCUUUGCAAACACCGCAUCAUCACAGGCAAUGGUAACAUGAUCACGGCGUUACAAAAGCAGAGUGGCAAAAAGAGUUAUAUGGUAGGGGCAAGAGAGCUUACAGUUAUAUUGGAAGAUACACCAAAAUGUUGGCAAUGGAUAUCCAUACCAGAGUCUAGGUUUUCCCAAGUGUCUAAGCUCAAUUAUAUAUCCUGGCUUGACAUCAAGGGAUACAUAGAGACUAAAAACUUGUCCCCGAGAACAACCUAUGCAGCGUAUUUUGUCUAUCUGCUCACAUCAGAACACGUUACGUGGACACCAAAAAUUUCUAUUACGUCGCGCGUCGCUUAUGAAAAAAGCGCAGUUGCGGUUGAGCGUAGUCUGAUCCUAGACCCUCUAUCUUAUGGAGGCCGCCGUAGUGUGACACUAUACCCUCUAACUUUUGAAGGUAGAGUUGGUCCUCAAGCUCGAUACAGACUUGAUGGGUGGAUUGAGAUUGAGAUGGGUGAGUUCGUCACUGAAGAAGAUAAUGCUACUGUAGUGUGUAGUUUAAUGGAAACUAGUAGUUUCUGUAAGAAAGGCAUCAUUGUGGAAGGCAUUGAGCUUAGGCCAAACAAUGAAGGAUUGAUUCAUUGUGGAAGGCAUUGAGCUUAACUGAGACUCUGCAUUUCACUUAACGUUCGUUCAAAAUAAUCUUCGUUGCUCAUCCAAUUUUAUUGUCAAGUGCUUAACUUAUGACUACACUAUUAUUUCGNNNNAUUUCUCCCUUCAUAUGUUUGGCCGCCAUGUGGCAGAUGCAACAUUAAAAGAGUUUGUUAUCCUUUUAUCACUAGUAGUCACUUUAAAUGACAAA